AUGUACUCUAUACCAGGUCUAGAUCAGACCACGCUAGACAGGAACCGUGUGUCUCGCCGAAUUCUUGCUGAUGUCCGUGAACGGCGGCAAGAAUCAUGGGGUUGGGUAGUCUAUCGCACUACAUACAAAUCAGACCCAGCAUUUCGCAAAGCGAUUGACAUUAUCAAUUCCUGGACCAAGCGGGAAGUCUACAAAGACCUCCAUACCAUGGGUCUCCAAAAUGCAGACCCCACACCAAACGAUGAGCUAUGGGCGUGCCACCGGUUAACUGUUAUGGAGGAUCCAGAACAACUUAAUGGUGCGUCAAUCAAGGAUGUGCGUUCGCAUUUUGAAUCUUGGGUAGAAGGACAAGGUAUGCGGGAUCGGUGGAAUAAAUACUGUGUUUGUAUGAUGAUUGAUGAUGAGGUUCUUGAAUUGCUGGUGAAUGAGGUGCCAUUAGCAGAAGAACACAAAGAAAUGCAUGGCAUGCGCUGUGUGGAGGAGAUCAACACAUGGUAUGUUAAGGUUAUUGAGGCGUUUCCAGAAGCAGAUGAAGGUGAUGAAGACUAUGAAGGAUGGUAUACAAUGGUGAGACUAUGGUCGUCUAUGGGUGAUGCGACGAAUAUGGUGGACUUCUGGUAUAAAGUGGAGGAUGGAGAUAAUGGAGUUUAUUCAGCAUGA